AUGUUCUCGUUCUUUAGUCGGAAAAAGAAAGAGGAAGGCUUCAAAAGCCAUGUGGUUAGCACUGGUCUCGCGCCUGUAUUGGAGGACGAAAAACACACCCUGAUGACAAUGUACGAAGGUAAAAUGCUGAUUGAGAAGGGAAAAGACUGGGGAUUCAGGCCGAAAUAUAAUAGAAAUAUACUGCUAAUGCUCAUAGACGAGGAAAUGUUCUUGUCGUUAAUUCGAAACGUCGACAGUAUCUCCACCGCCAUUGUGGCGGAGGAAGGGCUCAAUCAGCUUGCAGUUGACACGGAUAUACCUAAAGAGAGCUCCAAAACGAAAAGAUUUGGUAAAAACAAGAAUGAGGGGUCAGUGUACGAAUCGGACUAUCACAGAGCGCUGUAUAAAGCGGACCGAACAGAUGUACGAGGAGCGGCUGAGGAAAGAUUAGUCAAGGAAGUGGAAGAAAUGUUAACCACGUAUAGCGUGCUCAACCCCGGGCUCGAUUUGGAAAUUCAUCAUCAAUUUAAGUCUGUCAGUGCAGCGUUCCGCCGCGAUUGUAAUUGUCCGAGUCGAGAGUUUCACAUAGUACUGGGUCGGAAGCCUGUAGUUCCCGAGCUUACCAUCAGUGAUGGCGCUGAAGUGACUAUAGCUAUUGAUGAUGAGGUUACGGAUAGUCAUGCACGACGACGAAGGAGGCCGAGUUUGACGAGUAGGUAUACGCAAGUAUCCACCAUGUCCAGAUUCACAGACGGCAGUCGGAAAGAAGAUAAGAAGAAUCCUAUCGUAUCCACCGGAUACUAA